UUUAGUUUAUUUUCUUUUUGCCAGAAGAUGUCUCUUAACAUUUCUUGAAGUAUGUGCCUAAUAGAGACAAUUAUUAUUAUUAUUAUUAUUGUAUUUAUUCAUCUGGAAAUGCUUUUAUUUUCCAACCAUCACUUUUGAAGUAUAUUGGCAGUGGCUGUAGAAUUUUAGGUUGGUUGUUAUUUUGUUUAACACUUUAGAAAUAUUUUCCCAUUGUCUUCUGACUUUAUCAUUUAAGAAAUGAAAUAAUCAUUUCCUUACUGUGUUCAUGAUUUUCUCUGUUUUUUUUUUCCUUUUUUAGUAGUUCCCCUCUGAUAUGUGAGAUUUUUCUUUUCAUCCUUCUUGGGAUUAUAAUGUUUUACAAAGAGGAACUUGAAGUACUUACUGAUGAAGAUCAAAGACUAUAGCCUUCAGUAUGAAUUGCACCUCAACAUAAAGAAAAAAAAAAAUACAACCAGACCAAUAAGCAAUAUCAUGGUAAACGGAGAAAAUAUUGAAGUUAUCAAGAACUUCAUUUUGCUUGGCUCUACAAUCAACACCCAUGGAAGCAGAAAUCAAGAAAUCAGAUGAUGUAUUGCAUUGGGCAAAUCAGCGGCAAAAGACAUAUUUAAAGUGUUGAAAAGCAAAGAUAUCGCUUUGAGGACUAAGGUGUGCCUGAACAAAACCAUGAUAUUUUCAAUUGCCUCACAUGCAUGUGAAAGUUGGACAAUGAACAAGGGAGAUCAAGGAAGAAUUGACACCUUAGAAAUAUGGUGUUGACAAAGAACAUUGAAUAUACAUGAACUGCCAGAAGGAUGAACAAAUCUGCCUUGGAAGAAGUACAAUCAGAGUGUUCCUUAGAAGUAAAGAUGGUGAGACUUCAUCUCACAUACUUUGGAUAUGUUAUCAGGAGGAACAAGUCUCUGGAGAAGGACAUCAUGCUUGGUAAAGUAGAGGGUUAACGACAAAGAGGAAGGCCCUCAGUGAGGUGGAUUGACACAGUGGCUACAACAAACAUAACAAAGAUUGUGAGGAUGGCACAGGACCAGGCAGUGUUUCAUUGUGUUGUACAUAGGGUACCUAUGAGUCAGAACAGACUCAAAGACACCUAACAAUAACAAUGACAAUAUUCCCCUUUUAUACUUGACUUUUCUACAAGUCAACCCAAACUACUUUAAAAUUCUCCAAAAUAAUGUAACAAUAUAGCUUGGAUCCUCCAUGACAAUCCUAACUUAAAAUAUUCUGUUGCUAUGUUAGUCCAUGUUUCACACAUUAUGCUUGAUCCAACGCCAUGGUGAUUCUGGGUCUUGGUAUUAUCCCUACCAUAUACAAUGGAAUCAAGUUCUACUAAGUUCGAGAAGUUCAUAUAAAGUAAGACCAGAAUGGUGCUUAUAGCAGAAUGUCUGAUGCUCAGUUUUGGCAAAUUGUAAGAAGAGUUUAAAGUACACUACAAACUCUGACAAGCAGUUAUAUAUUUAGGAUGCCAUGAAAACUAAAGAUAUGUGUUGGUAACUGACCCACAGUGUUCAUGACAAUUACGGAACCAGUGGUCAUCACUGGAAAGUACUUGUAUUCAUUGUGGCUAAACUGAAUGCCUCAUUUUAGAGAACAGAAAGCCUUCGUAAGUUUUCUUAAAGUUCUAUUUAUGAUUAUCCACUUAGUUAAAAAAAAAAAAGGGAAGUAACAAAUACAGAAUAUGAUAGAUUUUAGACAGUACACUUUAAAUUUAUAUUGAAUCUAAGAUUUGUACUAAUCUUCAAGCCCUGAUCACAAAAAUGUUCCUUAUGUUUUGCUUCUAGCAACCCUAGGAGCUGGGGAAUUUGGACCUUCCCAUGGGCAGAUUUUUACGGGCAGAUAUGUCAGUCAUGGGAUCUAAUCCCUCGUCUUUAGAGUCUUAGGAUCCUGUAAUAUGAGAGAAAGGAUGACCACAUUGGGCUUCAUGCCUUCAGGUUGCAUUUAGAAAAAACUUUUUUUUUUUUUUUUUUUUUGUCACAAUGGGAAUGAAGAAUGAAAAGGAUGUAUGUCUGGAUGGUCACGGUGACCCCACUUGUGACCUACCGCACCAAACUGAAAGCAAAUCAGUGUGUGCAGUCCCCAUUGCAAGCCCUGAGCUGACUGGAGGGUGGAAGGAGAACUGAUCAAGAUGAGGAACUCACUUUUAUCUUCUUGCUUUCUGGGCUUGUACUUUAAAAAAUGAGACAUACAGACAUCUCUUUUGGUUCUCUAAAUCUUCCUUGCCCCUUCUGGUCUGUUUCCCUGCACUAAGAUGGCCAGUAUGGUCGCCUUCUUCUCCACCUUAGCCUAUAUUAGCUCUACAGAUAGUAAAGAUUCAGGCAGCAUAUGGGACACAUGAUACAGCCUAAUAUGUCAGUAACUAGUGAAAAUAAAUUUCUCCUUCCACCUAUUCGUAGUCUGGAAGCUGUGCUGUUUUCCCCCUGGUGGAAGUAAAGCCAUCUUCAUUCUUAGCACAUGGGAAUAAGGAUUCUCCCUGGUUUUAAGGAUCAUGAUGGUGUUUGUGUUUGGAUGGGUGGGGGAAGGGAAAGACAAAUUGUUUUUCCAGGUACUUGAGAAUUUGGAAGAGAUAUUAAUAUCUGCAUAAAUAUUUAUGUACAGAGAUGUUUAUCAUUAUGUUACUGACAAGAUUUAGAAAAUUGUAAACAAUAGAAAUAUUGAAAAAUGUUUACAAAAAAAAUCAAACCCACUGCCAUCAAGUGAAUUCUGCAUGAUAGCUGCCCUAUAAGACAGAGUAGAAAUGUCCCAUAGGGUUUCCAAGGCUGUAAAAUCUCUAUGGAAGCAGACAGCCACAUCUUUGUCCUGCAGAGCACCUGGUGGGGUUCAUAUCUCAAAUCACUGACCUUUUAUUUGGCAGCUGAGCAUGUUAACCACUGUGCCACCAGGGCUGUAUAUUAAAAAUAGUUAACAUCUAAUUAGUUGGAUUGUGAGCAUUUCUUCUAAUAUGCAUUUUUAAUGAAUUCCUUAUAAUUAAUAUGGAAUUAAUAUGGGUGAUUAUUUUUGGAAUCUCUAAAAUUAAUUUUAUUUCUUUAAGUAGUAAAGCCACUGAAUAAAGUCAAAUAUUUUUAAAAAUCAGUUUUAUCCAUUUAUUUGAUAGCAAAUAUGAUGUUACUCCCUUGCUGUAAAAUCUUUCACUGACUUCCUAUUAACUUUAAAGUCUAAAUUCUAAUAUAUAUACAAUGAUUUUUAUAAUCUGAUUGUAUCUAAAUGGCAACCUCACUUUCUAUCUAGUUUUCCUUUCCUCCUUGCACUCUCAGAUUACCAAUUUAUUUGUUAUUCCUCCAGAACAGAAUCUAUCACAUGUUAGUGUCUUUGGAUAUGCUGCCCCCAUCCUCUGGAAUGCAAUUCACUCUAUUUUCAUCUGUCAAAAUUCCUCUGCAGAAAGCCUGUCUGCCCUGAUUCCCACAAGAUACACAGGCUGUGUUUCUUUUGUGCUCUAAUUGUAGAUGGUGAAUACCAUACUAUUACUUGUGGUACAGUGCUUUCUGAGUUUCCUGACGGUCAAAGGUGUGCUUCUGAUUUCUGUAUGUUACUCUUCACAACGUGUGCUGGGUUCACAGAAGGAACUUAAUAAUUGGAGGAAGAGGAAUUACACAUACAUUAUCAAAGAGUGGGAGAGGUAGACAUAAUUCAGUAUAUUUCAAAUUUUUCAAAUGAUAAUAUAAAAAUUACACAUAGAUCAAAAUUGAAUACAAAAAAUCAACAUAUCAAUAUAAUAAUGUCAAGCAUAAAAUGAUAUACAAUACAGCUCACAUGAGAUAAAACUAAGAGUUAACACACACAGAUGCUCGAGUUCAGUAUUAGUUUUUCUUAUACUAAACAGUGGAUGCUAUGGUACCAUUUUACAUUUAUUCCAUUAGAAAAAUCAUAUUAAACAAUCAAAAUACAUAUUAACAAGGCUGCAGAAAUCCUGCAACAUUCAUAAAUCAUGGAAGCAUUUCUUUAUUCAUGCAUCCAUUCAACCUGCAUUUAUUAUCUAUUCUGUGUUAUGCGUAGUAACAGGAACUGGGGAUACAAAUUGAAUAAGAUAUUGGCCAUGCCCUCAAGGAGAUUAUUGCAAUGAUACAUGCACAGACAGAUUUUAGGAGAUAACUCGAGUGAUAUUUAUGUCAAAAUAGGGGCUACAUCAGGAAAAAAAUUCCAGUGAGGAGAGAAACCUUAAAUUAAUAUUUAAACUAAGAAUAAGGGAGGGAAAAAGUGAGCAAGGUUAAUGAAAGCACAAAGUAAUAAAGUGGGAUGACUCACUCAAGGGCUUAAAUAUUGGUGCAUCAUUUAGAAAAGUAAAUUUAAAAAAGAAUAAUAAAUAUGUUCAUACACUUUGACUCAAUGAGUUUUGUGCUGGAAAAUUAUGAUGCUAAAACAUUCCAAAGGACAAAAUAUAAUGCCAGUUCAUUUCUAAAGCUAAAGGAAAAGGAAAUAGCUUAAAUGUCCAGAACUGGGUAACUUAUUAGGUAAAUGAUAGCAUAUUGAUUUACGACAUUAUUAUAUGGUUCUCAAUAUUAUUGAGUGUUAAAAUUAUAUAGCAGCAUGGGAAAAGUUUAUAAAAUGAGGUAGGGGAACUAUGAAAUGCUACAUUUAUGUUACCAGGUUGUGAAUACUGUUUGUUAUUUUUUUCUAGAAGACUUACAGCCUCACUUUUUAUAAAAUGCUUAGACCUAUGAUCCAUUUCAAAUUAAUUUAUGUUUAGCAUAUGGGAUAAAAUUUGAGGUUAACUUUGUUUCCAUAUGGGUUUUGUGUUGUUCCAGCAAAAUUUGUUGAAGAGUUUUCUUUUCCUACUGAACUGCUGUGAGGUUUUGGUGAAAAAUCAAUUGACUAUAGAUGAAUGGGCCUCUCUUGGACCUUCUAUUCUAUUUCACUGACCUAGUUGUCUAUCCUUAUGCCACUUCCACACUGCAUUGUAUAUGGCUGCUUUAUAGAGAAUCUUCUAGUUUUGUUAAAUUUACCUAUUUGACUUUGUAGUUGCUUUGUACAUGCCUUAAAAGUUUCUUUGCAGAAAAUCAUGUCAUCUACAAAAGCAAAGUUUUACAUAUUCCUUUCCAAUUUUAUACACCUCCCCUUUUUAUUGCCCUUCUACACUUGCAGGAGCCCUGGUGGCACAGUGGUUAAUGGCUAAGCUGCUAACCGAAAGGUCAGCGGUUCGAAUCCAUCAGCCACACCGUGGGAGUAAGAUGAUGCGGGCUGCUCCUAUAGAAAUGGUACAGCCUUGGACGUGCUAUGGAGCAGUUCUACUCUGUCCUAUAGGGUCGAUAUGAGUCAGAAUCGACUCCAUGGCAACUGGAAAUGGGGCUGCAUUUGUGAGGCUCUCUGGUACAAUUUUGAACAAGGUGAGCAAUAGAAAAAAGAAAACAUUAAUCUUAAGGGAACAUCAUUCAAUAUUUUGCCAUAAAAAGUUAUGCUAUUUUCCUUCCUCUAUUGAGAUGAUCACUUGUUUUUCUCUCCUUAUUCUCUUUAAAUGUUGAUUUAUUUAUUUUCAAAUGUUAACGAAACUGUGUUAGUGAGAUAAACCCCACUUUGUCAUGUUGUAUUGCUCUUUAUGUAUAUUAUAGGAUUCUAGUUGCUAAUAUUUUGUUAAAGAUGCAGUUUCUUAAUUUUUAUUUCUUGUGAUAUCUUUGUCAGGUUUUAGGAUCAGAUUUAUACUCCUCUCAUAAAAAGACUUGCUAUGAAUUCCUUCCUACUCUAUUUUGUAAAAGAGUGUUUAUAUUUGUCUCUAUUUUUUCUUAAAAUUUUUAUAAAACCAUCUGGACCUUGAGUUUCCUUUACAGCAAGUUUUUGAUUACAUAUUCAAUUUAUUUUAUGGUCCAAGAGCUAACGUGAUUUUCUCUUUCAACUUGUGUCAGUUUUAGAAAUGUAUGCUUUUUAAGGAAUUUGUAUGUUUUAUCUAAAAUGUUGAAUUUAUUGGAAAAGAAAAGUUAAACUUUAUAUAAGUUAAAUAUUUCUGCUCAUUAAAAACACCUUUAAAAGGAUCUGGUUCUGGUUAAGAUUGAAAAAGUGCUCUCUACCUGGAUUCUCACACUGAAUGCAUGGAGCUGCUACCUGAAGACUCUGAAAGAAGGCGUUUGGUCUAAAGCAUACAGAGCAGCCUGGCUGAGCAUUCCACAUAGACAAAAGUCCGUGUUCACAGUUUAACAAUAUCUUCUCGAAUCAUUAUCACCAUAACAAGUCAAGGAAUUGUGUAGCUGAGAAGAAACUGCCCAGAGGUAAAUGGCAGCAGGAAACCACUCCACAGUGACUGAGUUCCUCCUCGCUGGGCUAACAGAAAAGCAAGAGCUCCAGUUGCCUCUCUUUCUUUUCUUCCUAGGAGUCUAUGUGGUCACAGCACUGGCGAAACUGGGCAUGAUCACACUGAUUGGGCUCAGUUCUCACCUGCACACCCCCAUGUACUAUUUCCUCAGCAGUUUUUCCUUCACUGAUCUCUGCUGUUCCACUGUCAUUACCCCCAAAAUGCUGGUGAACUUUGUGACAGAAAAGAACAGCAUCUCCUACCUUGAAUGCAUGACUCAGCUCUACCUAUUUGCAUUUUUUAUUAUAUCAGAAGGCUCUAUGCUAGCUGUGAUGGCAUAUGAUCGCUAUGUUGCCAUCUGUAGUCUAUUGCUUUACAAUGUCACUAUGUCUUAUCAGGUCUGCUCCUGGCUGGUAGUUGAGGUAUAUAUGAUGGGUUUGAUUGGUGCCACAGCUCAUACAUUUUGCAUGCUUAAAGUGGUUUUCUGCAAGGCUAAAAUAACCAACCAUUACUUCUCUGAUCUUUUUCCACUACUGGAGCUCUCCUGCUCCAGCACUUAUAUCAAUGAAGGGGUAAUUUUUUGCUUCAGUACAUUUAAUAUUCUUGCAUCUAUCUUGACCAUCCUUGCCUCCUAUGUCUCCAUCAUUGCCAGCAUUCUGCUCAUCUGCUCCACUGUGGGCAGGUCCAAAGCCUUCAGCACAUGCAGCUCCCACAUCACAGCUGUUACAAUCUUCUAUGGUUCUGCAGUAUUCAUGUACCUGCAGCCAUCAAGUGUUUGCUCCCUGAACCAAGGCAAAGUUAUUAUUAUAUUUUAUACCAUUAUUGUGCCAAUGCUGAAUUCGCUGAUCUACAGCCUGAGGAAUAAGGAUGUCAAAGUUGCUCUAAAUAAAAUCAUUGAGAAAAGACUAUUUUGCAAUGGCAAAGACCUCUAAUUCUUGGAGAAGAUUUAGUAAGUAAGAAUUGUAGAGAUAGCAACAUAUAUACAGAAGUAGUGAGAUUAUUGCAUUACUUAUUUGGAAGAAAUAUCUAAAGGAUAAGACUAGAUUCACAGGGUCACAUGGAGGACAGGGUCAAUUCUAGGAAGUCCCAGACGUCACCCAUAGUAACCCAUAUUACCUCUAAACACUUUUGAAAAAAUCUACAAAGGACUUCAAGUGGGGAUAUUAUAAUUUAUAUACAUGGGACUUAGCACUUUGUUUAAAAAAGAUUUAUUUAUCUCAAUUCAUAGAAUGAUCUGUUUGGGUUGUAUUUUUUGAUCUUCUUAACAAUUUGUGUAUCUGACCUUUAUUACUAAUAAAUGUGCAAACACACUCUUCUGGAGAAAAGUGAUCUCAAAAUAAUUUUUAAUCAUUUGAAAUCUACAAAAUUCAAUUCCUACUAGCUACUAUGUACAGAGAACUGUAUUAAGGAAUAUGGGGCAGAUGGUGAAUUACAAGACAAAAUUACUCCCCAUAAGAUUAUAACAAUAUGGUGGAAGAGACUGGUAGAAUAAUCAUGGCUAAAUACAUUAUAUGUAUUUGUACUUAUUUCUUUAUGCAACUUUUUUUUACUGUGCUUUAAGUGAAAGUGUACAUUUCAAGUCAGUUUUUCAUACAAAAAUUUAUACACAUAUUGUUAUGUGUCCUUAGUUGCUCGCCCCGUAA